AUGAAAAUACAAAAAAUUAAAAUUAAAAAUUCAUUUUUUUUAAAAAGUUUAUAUAUUUACGGAGGUAGAACCGCUAUACCAGGUGAAAAUUAUGACUCACUCAAUCCUGAUUAUGAUACAGACGAAAUAUUAUAUUUGGAUAUUUCAGUAGAAUUUAAUCCGGCAAGUCCAAAAUGGAAAUCAAUAACAGGAAUUGCCCCACCGCUCGCAUUUCAUAGCAUGUCAAUUGGAGGCGAAAGUAACGAAUUAUUAAUAAUAUUUGGAGGUACAUCUAAAUACACCAUACCACCAAAUACAUUAUAUAUAUUUAACACAACAAGCAGUACGAAAGCAACGAAUUCUCCGACAACGGUAAAUGUUAAAGGCUCAAUCGAGCAUACUUCGAUUACGAGAUAUAACGAUUCAAUGGUCUUUAUAUUUGGUGGAACUAGUCAAAUUAUUACUAAUGAUAAUGCAACUGAUAUAGUUAUUGAUGCAUUCAACGAUAUGCACGUGUUAGAUUCUAAAUCAAUUACAUUCAACACAAUUUCUCCCUCAAAUGGGAAUGCUACAGGGGCGAUUCCAAUUGAUAGAAGAGUUCAUCGGGCUGUUGGAACAAACGAUAAUAAAAUUAUCAUUUAUGGUGGAUGCAAUAAAGAUUAUUCUAUAAAUUAUUCUGAUUUAAUAGUUCUUGAUACAACUACACUUCAAUGGACAGCUCCCGCUACUCAAGGAACUCCUCCCCCACCAAUGUAUGCUCAUACAAUGACAAUGGUUGGAACAAAUGUUAUAAUAGCAUUUGGUUUUAUUUCGGGUUUCGAUACAACACAAGAUAUUUACAUACUUGAUUCCACCAAUUAUACUUGGAUGCCAACUUAUGUACCUAAUAAUCUUGAAAUUACCAAUACAAAACCAAUUAAUGCAUCUUCUAAUGACCCUUCAUCAUCGCCGUCAUCGCCGCUCGUUGGCUGCAAUUUUUUUGAUUAUAAUCUUGUGCCACCUAUUUCAGGUACUAUUCCUUAUAAUCAGUUGCCAACAACAAUAAAUAAUCAAGAUCCAGCGGGACAACUACCUCCUACAAUGUCACACUUUGUCAGCAAGUCAAAUGCAGGUUCUGAUAAGGGUAGUACAAUAACCAAUAAUGAGCAUAAUGAAUCUUACUACAACAACAGUUCUUCUAGAAACAGUUCAAAAACCAACUCGAAUAGAUUUACAAUAAAAAUCUUUAGUCAAUUAAAUUAUAGUAACAACAAUAGCGAUUAUUAUUCAGAAAAACCUCAACCUCCAACACCUCCCUCAAAAUAUGAUGAUGAUGAUGGAUAUCCACAAUCAAAUAGACUGUCUGCAUCUUCCAGUCUCUAUGCGCCUUCACGCCCUGAUUCUCCUCCCUCAAUGAAUCCUCCGAUUCUACCUUCUUCUACUGACACCUCGUCGUUCUCCUCAUCAAAUGAAAAUAAUGAUGAAAUAGUGAGAGUAACUGAUAACGAUUACGACAAUGAUAACGCUGCCCCGAUAUUUUCAAUUUCUCCUAGUGAAGAAGCCGGAAUAAAAGAACCAAGAAAAAUUGAAAAAAGAGCUUUUAGUUUAAGAUCAGCACAAAGACUUAGUAGUACUGUGGUAAGACCAAAUAGAGGAACACCUUCAACUACUGAAGAGACUAUUACCGAAGAGUUUACACAAGAAAAUUUAUAA